GCAGUGUGCCUGUGAGUAGUAGACUGACUACAUGCACUACAGGUUGCUUUCCCUAGCUUCUUACAAAUAGAAAUGCCAUCUUUCCCCAUCUUAAACAGCUUUAGGAAGCUGUGUGGAUCAAGUAAAACUGAAGAAUUGGUGCUGGAAAGGGUGAAAUUCCGAAAUUCAGUCAAAAGGUUGUCAAUUAUUGAGGAUGGGGAUAUUGCAGAGGUCUUGUAUCUCAUUCCUAAGCAGAGCUUGCUGAAGCAACUGCCCUACUUGAAUCCAGAUGACUACUACUUAUGCGAGAGGUUAUUUGACACUCCUGAGGAUCUGGUGGCCCAUCCUCAGGAGCCUCACCACCCCUCUGAAAAGCCAGUCAUCCACUGCCAUAAAUGUGGGGAGCCAUGUAAAGGUGAAGUACUCCGUGUUCAGGCCAGACACUUUCACAUCAAAUGCUUCACCUGCAAAGUGUGUGGCUGUGACUUGGCACAAGGAGGCUUUUUCAUUAAGAACGGGGAAUAUCUUUGCACCUUGGAUUACCAGCGUAUGUAUGGUACCCGCUGCAACGGUUGUGGGGAGUUCGUGGAAGGCGAAGUAGUGACAGCUCUCGGAAAAACUUACCAUCCAAGCUGCUUUGCCUGUACUGUUUGCAAGCGUCCAUUUCCACCAGGCGAUCGAGUUACCUUUAAUGGAAGGGACUGUCUCUGCCAGAUGUGUGCUCAGCCAAUGUCCUCCAGUCCAAAAGAAUUGUCUGCCUCAAGCAAUUGUGCUGGCUGUGGAAGAGACAUAAAAAAUGGACAAGCAUUGCUAGCUCUGGAUAAGCAGUGGCACCUUGGGUGCUUUAAGUGCAAGGCCUGCGGGAAGGUCCUAACUGGGGAAUACAUCAGCAAAGAUGGUGCUCCUUAUUGUGAAAAGGACUAUCAAGUUCUUUUUGGAGUCAAAUGUGAAGCAUGUCACCAGUUCAUUACUGGGAAAGUCCUAGAGGCAGGUGACAAGCAUUAUCAUCCAAGCUGUGCACGAUGCAGCAGGUGCAACCAAAUGUUCACGGAAGGAGAAGAAAUGUAUCUGCAAGGUUCCACUGUCUGGCAUCCCGACUGUAAGCAAUCCACUAAGACUGAAGAUAAGCUACGGCAUUCCUCAUCUGAGUUCUUUUAUCCAAAGAGUCUGGUUCUGCGCAGGCCACGCUCUGCAGAGCUAUUAACACCACCUUGCAUAAUGAACUCUAUCAAAAAACUAAGGCAGCCUACAAGAACAUCAUCGGAAAGCAUUUAUUCCAGACCAGGUUCCAGUAUACCUGGCUCUCCAGGCCACACUAUCUAUGCAAAAGUAGACAAUGAAAUCCUUGAUUACAAGGAUUUAGCAGCCAUUCCCAAAGUCAAGGCCAUUUAUGACAUUGAACGUCCAGACCUAAUUACUUAUGAGCCAUUCUACACUUCUGCCUACGAGGACAGACAGGAGAGACAGAGUCUUGGAGAGUCUCCAAGGACAUUAUCACCUACCCCUUCUGCAGAAGGUUAUCAAGAUGUUCGGGAUCGCGUGAUUCACAGGUCUACUAGUCAGGGCUCCAUUAAUUCUCCAGUGUACAGUCGUCAUAGCUACACACCCACCAUGUCACGUUCCCCUCAGCAUUUCCACAGACCUGGCAAUGAGCCGUCCAGCGGUCGGAACUCCCCUGUCCCCUAUCGGCCCGACAGCCGCCCUCUCACUCCAACUUACGCUCAGGCCCCUAAACAUUUCCAUGUUCCAGAUCAAGGUGUCAACAUUUACAGAAAACCACCCAUCUACAAACAACACGAUGCAGCUGCUUUGGCAGCACAGAGCAAGUCCUCCGAGGAUAUCAUCAAGUCCUCCAAGUUCCCAGCAGCUCAUGCACCAGCACCCAACGAGAUACCAAAGAUUGAGACGGACCACUGGCCAGGUCCUCCCUCCCUUGCGGCCAUAGGAGCUGACAUGAGACGCAGAUCAAGUGGAAGAGAGGAAGAUGAUGAGGAGCUACAGAGACGCCGGCAGCUGCAGGAGGAGCAGCUCAUGAAGCUCAACUCUGGUCUGGGACAACUGAUAUUGAAAGAAGAGAUGGAAAAGGAGAGUCGAGAUAGGUCAGCCCUUUCUGCCAGUCGUUACGAUUCUCCAGCACAUGCUUCAGCCUCCAAAACCUCUUCUCUCCCUGGCUAUGGAAAAAAUGGACUUCACAGGCCGGUGUCUACAGAUUUUGGUCAGUACAACAGCUAUGGGGAUGUGAGUGGUGGUGUUAGAGAUUUCCAGUCCCUUCCGGAUGGUCAUGUCCCUGGAAUGAGAAUGGACAGAGGAGUAUCUAUGCCUAACAUGUUGGAGCCAAAGAUUUUUCCAUAUGAAAUGCUCAUGGUGACCAACAGAGGGCGAAAUAAAAUACUAAAAGAUGUAGACAGAACCAGGCUUGAGCGUCACUUAGCACCUGAAGUUUUUCAAGAAAUAUUUGGCAUGACGAUACAGGAGUUUGACAAGUUACCUCUCUGGAGACGCAACGACAUGAAGAAAAAAGCAAAACUCUUUUAAUCUCCCUUUAAACAAACCAACAAAAAAUGAUAUUGUAUCAUACAGUCCAAACUAUUUGGAAGCAACUACUUAUCCACCAAAAAGGGAAAAUCACAUAAUGGCACCUCUGUACACAGCAAUUGAACAAGAUGAACAUUUGCCCUCCUGGAACAUAGGGAGAAAAUAUCUGGGCUCAGAAACAACAAUGAUAGUUUUCAGAGGUGUCGACCUGUUACAUGAUAUUAUACAAGAUAGGAAACUGUUCUGUUCUUCUCCCUCAAUGAUAUUCCCUUUACUUCUCUCCACAAUAUGAUGGACUUUAUUGCUAGAGCCAGGAAGUGCCCUUAGGAUGCCUUGUAGACUAAAGUAGUUGUAACCACUCCAAGAACUGGAAAAGAAUAUAUAUAUAUAUAUAUAUAUAAAAAAAUAUAUAUAUAUGUAUGUGUGUUUGCGUGUGUGCGCACAUGUAUUUAUAACUAUCCAUCUAUCUAUGUGUGUGCGUGUAUGUAUGUGUAUAUAUGUGUAUAUAUAUGGAGAGGAAGAUAGAUGCUCUGUAGUGAAGGAGAAGCCCUUUGUAACUUAUCUACAUGGUCACAUUAGGUCUUUCACGCAACUGUUUCUAACUGGCACUCUUUUGAAAUGGCAUCUUCUUCAUGUGAUACAAUCUGCAAAUGUGGGCACUCUGCUCACUUACAGUACAUACCAGUUGAAAUUCUGGAAAAUGGACUCCUUGUAUAUAUUUGCUAGGAUAUAGGACGUGAAUUGCUGUGUGUUGUCAGUCUUCCCUCUUCCACACUUUCUGCUUGAAUUAAUAAGGCUGGAGCUUAACCAGUCCUUUGAAUAAUUUAAGAUCACUUAAGUAAUGGGAAUGGUGGAGAAGAGUCAGUUUUCUUGUAGUUCAGUCCAGGAGAUGGGUGGAUGAGGGUGGGAGUGACAGAGUGAGAAAAUGCUUUUUUAAGUGUGCCCUGGUUCGCACCCAGAGAUUUCGGGACAGACUCCCUGCUAGUAAUUACUAGUACGGCUCAUCAGACUGCAGUGGAGUCGUAGGAUUUUACAUCAGCAGGGAAGAUGGUUCUCUGCAAGCUAACACACAAAUUCAUCCCUCUUAGGGAGGAAUGUUUAUGAAUUAAAAGGUACCAUCAAGGUGCCAUGCUCUGCCAAUAGAGGCUUUUUGAUUAAAUUGCAGUUGCUGUUGUCAAUACGGCACAGUGCAUGGGGCCAAGCACUCUUUUUAGUUAAUGUAGUUUUUCACUUGUGCUUGGAAUAGAGGGCACAGGCUUUUUUUUUUUUUUUUUCCCUCUCUUGAAGUGUCAAAGCUCCAGCCUUGGUUAUUUUUAUUUCCCUUUGUGCCUGACUUGGUUUUUGAAGACAGAGUAAUCAUGCAAGACAGUUUCUGAGCUGCAUUGAACUCCUUAUUGCUUUCAGUCUUCUUCCAAUAUGCUGCAGCUUAAAAAAACUGCCUGUAUAUACCUUAACUGCUUCUGGGCAAGUCCUAUACAGAGGAGGACAUGAGCACCAAAGUAAUUGAAUGAAUUCAUUGCGGCUGCAAGGUCAGCUUUUUCUCUUCCUUGGUGCUUAACUGCCAAUGUAUACUGCACUAAUGAGCCCGUCUCCUGAUAUGGGAGAAGGUCAUUUAGGUUCUGUGUCUGUCAAAGAAUAUCAAGUUUUCAUUUUUAAUGCAGAAACUUUUGGCACUGGUGACAUCGGAACCUUUGUAUUUUCUGUUAUAUGAGACAUUGGUGUUAAAAUCUGGAAGUCAGGAAGGGGGAACAGUCCCGUGUAGUUGUGAGAUUCAGUACAACUGUGUUGAGUUCUCUAUAUCACCAAAUGGCACUUCACCAUGAAAUGUGCAGGACAGCCCAAAUCCUGCCUCUUCUUUGCUGGUUUAGGAAGUCCUGUUGCAACAGAUCACUGUGGUUCCUUUGAUAAAAUCUGAGUUGAAAAUUCAGUAUAUAAGAGACAGAUACAGGGGGUCAGCACCUGCUCCAUGUCCCUAGACAUAAGGGAAUGGUGAGUCUAUGGGACAAGCUGGAGAAUAUGCUACUGUGCAGAUACAGCAUCACGGUUCCCACUGAACAGAAGAAGCCCUCAGUGAACACUGUGACACACUCAAUUGUGAGUAAGCUCUCUGGACGUUACUGAGAUUGCAGCGAGGAUCAGUUCAACAUGUUUUCCUUCAUUUUUCAGAACAAGCAUCUGAAAGGGUUUUAGAGAAACACUGAGAAGUAGAUGAGAAUGUUAGGGGCACUGGCAGUUUGAGAUGCAUUUUUAAGUGACUGCUGAAACCAAAUCCAUACAACAAAAGAACAGCAGUGUUUUACAGUCACAGGCUUUGAGAAUGCUGGAGUCUCAGAAAUUCAGUGUUUGUCACCUGCAAGGCGUGGCUUAACUUUGAGAUGGCUUAACUGAGUUUUAAUGCACUUAAAUAUUAAGAUUCUCCAAAUUUUGCCAGCCCACAACCUACAGACAGUACUGUGCUUCUGCCUCUCAAACACAGUAGGCAUCACGGGUCUUUUAGCCCAAGUCUCCUUGACAAUAAACCUUUUUGAUCUGAAGACUUGCUCUCUCAAGGAUGUGAGCUGCCAGUCUGCGUUUUUCUGUCCCCAUCUCUAGAUCACUAUUGAACUUCUCACAGCAUAUAUGAAUACGCUACCCAGUCAUUUCAGAAAUGACUAAGCCAGGUUGUUUUCUCUCAUCUCUCUCCUCUCCAAAAGAAAAAAAAAAAAAAGUAAAAAAAAAACCAAAAAAAAACCCCCAAACUCAACCUCCUAGCCUGUGAAGAAUGACAGGGUAAUUUGUAUCUGUUUCAUCAACUGAGAAUUUAAAACUGCAAUUGCGGCUUGGGAAGGAAUGAAGAGAAGCCAGUUUAGAUGCUGCAGAAACAAUUAAUCUCUAACUGGAUUUUUGGGCCAGUGCUGGUUCACAUCUCACUGGAGUGGAGCAUACUCAGUCAGUUCACAGCCCUCUGCACUAGACUUAAUACUGCUUUAUUUCUGAUUAAGAACAUGAAGGGUUUUCUGAGCUUCAAUUUCAUGCCUACAGUUAAUUCCCCUUAAUUAUCCCAACCAUCUACAUGUAGACACACCCGAAGAGAUCGCCUGUCCAUAAAAACCAUGCUGCAUCCAGCCACAGAGUGUGUGUGUUUUCUGCAGUGGGCUGUUAGCAAUUGUCACUGCAACAUUUUCUAUUCUUUCAUCUGGUCUUCCCACCUAAUAAAACCAAAAAUGUAGCCCCAGGGAGAAUUUUCUAUGUAAGCAAUGAAUCAUUUUCCUAGUUAUCUAUCGAGUAGCAUUUUCUUGGGCAGUUCUUUGUAAUUCUCCUCUUCAGUAUACUCUUGAGAUGUGUUAGGGGUUGGACUAGAUGAUCUUUAAAGGUCCUUUGCAACCCAAACCACUCUAUGAUUCUAUGAAUAUGCCUUAAGUACAUGCUUACGUUCUUCUAUCUCCUGCAAAGCAUUUGAGCUUCUGAUAAAGUCCCAUCAAACUCAGUGCUGUCAACAGAAUGUCAUUGCUAAGAGGACUGAGAACUGAUUGCUUUUGUCUUGUUUUUCCCCCUUUUCUGCUUUAGGAGUGAUGUAAGAGCAAGGACCUGUCAAAACAUUGCAAAAUAAUCACACGUGUAAAAUGGGAUUAUGUACACAUGCAGGUUCUCAAACACAGGUGCACAUGUAGCACGCACACUCCCCAUUUGGAGUUGAGAUACUAUGUGAGUAGUUAACCUGGAAUUUCCAAAUAGUGUGUAGUGUUGAAUAGAUAGUGGUCCAGUAAGUUAGAAAGGUUGUCACUUCCAUCUGUGCUUGUAUCUGUGGCGCUUGUGGAUACCUGAGAUGUACUGAGUGUGCAAAAGGCAGGGUCAGUUUCCCACAUCAUGGAAGUGCCAGGUUGGCCACAAGUGAUAUCAUUUAAAAGGCCUCCUCAGGCGUAUGUCACCAUUUGCAGCACCCAUCCCUGGCACUGCUUAGAUGGAAGGGUAGUACCCUGUGCAGUAGUCUUCAUAUUAACAGGGAAUCCAGAGAUCUGACUUACUCGGUUUUGUGCCCGCUCCAGAUACUGGUCUGAUAACUUCCAUAUGAACAAGGAGGGAACUGUUCUGUGUUACAGUGGGAACAGCUGGCCAUACCCUCUAUACCCGUGCCUUAACUUAGCAUAAGCUCCAGCCUACCGCGAGUCAGAAGUUGAAAUAAAUAUGUUGUUCAUCAUCUCUGAAGAUAGUAGAAUUAAGCCAACUUGAAGAACAGAUUUGGAAAUUACUAAACUCUCCACUAUUUCUCAAUGAAGCAAUGUGAUCUCUUGUGGCCUCGGUUCAGGAACAGCAUCUCAACUCUGCCAGUGUCCUAUCCCAAACCUGCUAAACUUUCUGUACAACUAGAAGAGUUAAGUUCUUGUGAAGUUUGCUCACAGAAUUUCUUUUUUUUUUUCUUUAAUUGUUUAUUAUCAUCUUAUGCUGGUGUCAUUUAAGACAGGUUUUAGAGGCAUCUCAGAAACAUAGUUGUUUUCAGUUUGGUAAGUAGCCUUUCAUUAAAUAUGGCUUGUGAUGCAUUAUGGACAUAGCUGCAGUGUGCUGUGAAAGGUUAGACUAGGAGAACAGUAAGUUUCUUAAUAGCUGUGUGUGGGACAAGAUAGCUCUGUGGCUCCAGUAGUGCUUUUAUUUCUGUCAAGACAGAUGUCAUCUCUCCUUACAAAGUCCUGUAGUCCUAAGUCUGUGGGCCUAGCACUGAAGUGCUUGCUGCCCUUUCCCUGUUGCAAUUGGGAAAUCCUUUCUCAGCCGUGUAGUUCAGAGGUCCUGCUGUUCAGGGGAGGUCAUGAGGAGUCUCUUUUGUAAAAGUUUGUUAUGGUGAAAUUAGACACAUUUUAAAGUGAAAUGCCUUUCUGCAAGCCAUGCUUCUCCUGGACAGGUAAUAUCAAUGGAUGGAGAAGGAUUAAGUUCUGGGAAGGAGGAGGGCUGGCAUACGCUCAUUUCUCCGGCGUUUGCCAGGGUCGUGUUUAGCAGACUUAGAGGAAAAUGUGGGCAUGAGCCUGCGGUUCCUAUUUCAAAUUGUGUGGAAGUCAAGUUUGGAGCCCAUGGCUAACAAGCAUCUAUGCUGACAUCAAUGGUAUGAAGCUGUUAUAACAAGUGACAGAAAAAUUAACUCCCAACCCAGUAAAAAUACGAACAUCCUCCAAACUCCUCUUGGAAUGACUUAUCUUGGCUCACCCUGACUUAGGAGGAGAUCUUGGCAUAUUUGGGCCGUGGCCUCAUAGAGCAGACUAAGUGGAAACCGGCCUUUCUCCCACUCCACAAUUCAUUGCUUUCCUUCAGAAUGUGUUUGUGGAGGAGGAUGUCCACAUCCUGGAAGUUACCCAUGGCAGUGAAAAACACCAGUCAAUGAUAAUGAUGAUGCAAUAGAACACGUGCAGGAAAUAGGAAAAUCAACUAAUCUGUCCUGAAAAGCCACUCAUCUUUCGAUGUCAGAGAGACACUUAGGGCUUGACUCCACAGCCCCCUUCCCCAUUCAGUUAGCCCCAGGUCAUGGUCCAGUUCAUGCUCUGUCAAACUUUUUGGCCCUGUCAACACACCUGCUAGAGUCCAGUGUAGUCUUCAGGGUAGAUGCAUAGCAAGGGCUGGUCUUGACAGUAUGCGGUAUGUUUUUACCCCAUUGCUAUGUAACAAAGAUCUAGAGAGAGCUACUGAGCACUGUGAUAGUAGUACAAUGCGCCUUUCUCUUUUAAUGUAGAAACACCCUUAUCACUGUGGGUUGCAGGACUGCUCUAGCUGGUGGGUUUUGCCUUGUGAUUUCUCCCAUACACCUUUUUUGUGCUUAAUAAAAUAAGAAACAAAAAAUCUAUCACAAUGCAAAGAUACAGAGUUUUUAGUCAGACAACUCUGCUGGCAAGAACUAUGUCAUGCCCGCAUUUGGCAGGGAGAGAAUAAGUAUUAAUUUUAAUGUAAGCAUCAGUGCAGGAAGUGGGAAUGUAAUUGGCCAUUAAUGUUGUUUGCCUGUAUGCAAAAUGAAUUAUUUGUUGCCCAAAGGGCUUCCAGCAAGGAAAUAAGAUUUCUGCUAAUGAUUUCCUAAAGAAUGCUUGUCCAUGUGAAGAAGUAAUACUUCCACGUGCAUUGCAGUCUUUCUUUUGAGGUAGAAAGAGAUGACUGAAGGCAAACAGUAACCUGUUUUGUCAGGAUCACCACAGUUAAUACAAGUGUUGCUCCCAGGACUUGCAAAGCUGAGUCCCAUGGGACCUUGCUCCUAGGCAUUAGGAAAUGAAGCAUUUCAAGCAGCAGAAGCAGCUACGGGAAUUCCAGCGGUGCCUUACCAGGCUGAGUCUCUAGCUCCCUUAGGCGCUUUGACAGGUCCCACUGGACACUUGCCUGGGCUUUUGUCACUGAACACCCUCCAGAAAGCACUUCCCUCCAGAUGCAAAACACUGAAAUCAGUGGAGCCUCUCACUGACAUCUGCAUGCUUUGGAGCAGGCUCUUUCUCAGCUGGCUAGCCCAGGUAAGUCUCUGACUGCUGUGUAUGCCCACAGCAAGGAGCUCUGUAUUGCAUUACCGGAUCAGUCCUGUCCAAGCAGUGCAGCUUGGUGGUUGCUGACAACUCUUCCUGUAAGGGGGCCUUACAGCUGGGGGCUGGUUUUUUUUAAGCUUUGGAAACUGAAACUAAUUUUUCAAAGGUAUAUUUCCCUUUAAAUCAGUAGAUUUUGGCAAUAGGAUUUUUUAUUAUUUUAUUCUUCUUUUCUUGUCCCUCCACAUGUUACAAAUGAGCAUUUUGGGGAGGUGUCCCUGUGUUUUCCAUUCAUCUGUGAGACAGCUCUCUUUCUGAGUCUCUGUAAAAAUGAAUCAAUGUCUUGUCUGUACAGUAAGUCUGCUUGUAAGCAUAAUGAAAAGUUGAGCUGGGUUGCUGUUCUGUACAAUUAGUGUUUCCACUGUCAUACUGCAAACAGCACAUAUUGCACUUCUGUGCCACUGUAAUCUGCAUCACUGUUGUAUUCAAGUCAAUGAAUAAAGUUUGGAGCUUUAUUCUUAA